GCCCCUCCCUCCUGGCAACCCCUCUCAGCAAAGCCCUGUGGGUCUGCUGCGCCCCCGGCAUUCUCAUCGGGGAGGCUGCUGCUCGGGCAAGCUGCGUCUCCACCCGUCCCUUUAAGGCACCGGCAGCUGCCAGGGAGUGCCGCCGGCCGGCUCGCUGCCCAGGUGCGGAGAGCGCGGCGGGCAGGCAGAGGCACCUCAUGCACGGAGAGUCCCUCUGCUGUCCGGCUGGCUCUUCCCGAGGUCUCGGGCUCCAGGGGGAGGUUCGUCGUCCCCAUUUGCCUGUGCGCUCCCUGAGGAACAGUAAGUGGACGCUCAUUCACGCCUCGACGCGCGGCAGCUGCCGAGUAAGGAAGCCUCCUCGGUGCUUCUCCUCGCGUCGCAAGAACCUUGGAGACUCGAGGUGCCGAGGAUCCAGUCUUCUCGCUCAGCGACCAACUUCCAGUGCUGCGGUCUUUUUCAAGGCGGCGUCAAGGCAGCGCUUCCCAAUUCCCUGUGCGGGACAAACUGGGAGCCGGUCCCUCAGGCGCAGUGAACACGUUAACUACGAUUUCCGUCGACGCCUGCAGUAGCAGCGAUCCUCGGCGAUCACCUCGGUUUUAGGCGCUCCUGACGUUGUAGAUCCAGCCUCCUGCUGCAGCUUUGAUUUGCCCCGACGUCCACGCUGUCUGUGAGGAGGGAGUCUCUUGGCAUCACUCUCCGAUCACGUCGGGCUCCAAAGCCGGCCGGAAUCUCCCUUCCAACUCCUUUUCCAUCAGCAGCCUGAUAAGCCGGGCUGCAUUGGAGACCCUCCUUCGGACGGCAGCAAGGAGCAGCGAGGCUGGCGCGUCCCCAUCGCAAGAGGUGCCCGUGGUUUUCCAGGAACCCGCGUCGCCGCCGCCGUCGGUGCCAGGGCCAGCGCCUGGGAUGACGGCUGAGAGCCCCCAAUCGUCGACCUGCGCGACGAGCCACACGGACCCCGAGGCUGGGGCCGGGGCCCGGUUGCCGGCGUUGGUGAAGGUGGAGGAGCCGGCGCCUCCAGGAGAAGCCUUGGAGCCCGAGCCGUCGGAAGAGGAAGCGGCAGCGCUGGGCGGCUCGCGCCCUGCCGGGCGCCGCAGGAAACGGCCUGUGCAGCGCGGGAAGCCGCCCUAUAGCUAUAUCGCGCUCAUCGCCAUGGCCAUCGCGCACGCCCCGGAGCGGCGCCUAACGCUGGGCGGCAUCUACCGGUUCAUCACCGAGCGCUUCCCUUUCUACCGCGACGGGCCGCGCAAGUGGCAGAACAGCAUUCGUCACAACCUCACGCUCAACGACUGCUUCGUCAAGGUGCCCCGAGAGCCCGGCCGGCCGGGCAAAGGCAGCUACUGGGCCCUCGACCCGCACGCCCGGGACAUGUUCGAGAGCGGCAGCUUCUUGCGCCGCCGGAAGCGCUUCAAGCGCAGCGAUCUGUCCACGUACCCAGCCUACAUGCACGAGGCGCAGGCCCAGUCCGUCGGGCCUCCUCUGAACACGGCCUACGCGUCUCCCGCCGCCCUCUGCUACCCGUCCCAGCCGCCCCUCUUCAGCUUGGGCCCCCUGAUGGCGCAGCCGAGCCCCGAGCUGGCCCAGCAGCACAGCCCGGACAUAGCACCCUCCCCCGGCAACGCCUGCUCCUUCGCGGGAUCUGCGGCCUAUCCCAGUCAAGGCUGCGCGGCAGGCCCUGGCCUCCCCAGGCCGCACAAUGCCGUGCCCUACUCGUACCCGCUCUCCGGGGCCCAGCAGCUCCAGGUUAACCAAGGCUCUUACUCCCAGAGCAACAGCAACCACCUCUUUGGAGCGUCUGCCCGCCUCGGGAUGCCUGCCUCGCCCCCACUCAGUAGCGACACUAUGGAUUUCUAUGGCAGGAUGUCGCCUAGUUCCUACAGCUCGUUAGCCCAUGGGUACAACGCCAGCGGGCAGCUCGGCAGCCCCAGUGCUUACCUGCGGCAUGCUGCCUAUUCCAGCAACAUGGAAAGAUUUGUUUCUGCUAUCUGAAGUCCAGGAGGAAAUUGGGUUCUGUGAAGACACCGAUGUGGGGCCAGGGGACAAGUUCUUUUGUGCCCCUCUGUUGGCCUAGAUCAUAUAGGCGUGUCAACCUUGCACUGUGGAGAGGCCUGUGGUAUUCCUCUGUCUGAUGCAACUGUCCGGAAGUCUCCUGUCAGAACCACAGUUAAGAGACCCAAGAGGAGCAGGAUGGUGGAGAGGUGGUCCACUGUUCUCAGCCACCAUAAAAACCUAUAUUUCUGAAGUUAGUGCACUACGUGAUAUGGAGCUUUUGAUUAAGGGGCAGAGGAUGGAUAUUUAGAGGGCACAGGGAAGCAUUUUUAAGGCAAGCCUGUGAAGUCUGAAAAUGGCCUCUUGCAAGAAUUGCAAAAUAGUCGGGUUUUUCCUGGGCUUUCCCAUUCCUGUUAUUUCUCAUCCACUUGACUUUGUGGGUUCCCUGCCUUUCCAAAGUUAUGUGCUGCAACAGUAGUUUCAGUAAAUAGCAAUAGCCAGUCUCUCUUUUUCUGUUUCCAUUCUUUUUGCCUAGCCGGAUUACUAACAAGUUGUGAAUAAGUAGUAGGUGUGUGCUUAAUACCCUCGAUUACAAGUAUUCAGUGACUCACAAAAUCAUUUGAACUAAUAAAUAUGGGGUCAAUGAAUCAUACUUCCUUCUGGUACAUAAGGCAAAAGCUCUAUUUAGUUCUGUUUUCUGAUGGCUUUGGGAAUGCAAUAAAUAACUUUUAAAACCAA